AUGAUACGCCCGUGGGUAUCUGGUAUCAUUGAUCUUGCUUAUGAUGCUGAGGAUGUCUUAGAUGCAUUUUCGCUCAAGGUGCAACAUGGAGGGAUUUCGAAUACGGUCGACGUGGAUGAAGGACACAAAGAGAUUGAAAAACUCAGAAUGAGAAUCAGUGAUCUCUCUCGGAAGCGAGAAGCAUGCAAACUUCAAGAUACUCGUAGCAUGAGUGAAGGUAACAGCAAAGCUCUUGGCAAAUUGAAAGAUCUGAGAAGACAGAAUUCCAUCACAGUUGAAGAGAACGUUGUUGGCUUCCAUGCAGAUGCUGACCAACUGUUGCCCAAACUUCUCGGGGGCGAGCCUGGACGUAUUGUCAUUUCGAUUUUUGGUAUGGGUGGUUUGGGUAAAACUACUCUUGCUAAAAAGUUUUACCAUAACUAUGACAUUAACAAACAUUUUGAUCAUUGUGCUUGGGUUUCGAUAUCACAAGAUUUCGAUAAUCGUAAUGUUCUUCAAAGAAUUAUGGAGUCAUUCAAGAUGAUCGAAACCAGAAAGGAGAUGCAGGAGGUACGGAAGAUGAGCAGAGAAAAUUUGGAAAGAAAGCUUCACAAGUUUUUGCAAGAAAAACGAUAUUUACUGGUGUUGGAUGAUGUAUGGCAAAAGGAAACUUGGGAGAGCCUGAAACGAGCUUUCCCAGACAACAAGAAUGGUAGUAGAGUAAUUAUCACCACACGCAACAAAGAAGUAGCGCAGCGUUCAGACGAGAAAACUUAUGCCCACGCGCUUCAAUUUUUAAGUCCGGAGGAGAGUUGGCAACUAUUUUCUAAGAAAGCUUUUCAAAACGUAAAUAUUGUAGAUGAUGGAUUGAAGAACUUGGGAGAACAGAUGUUGCAAAAAUGUGGUGGCCUUCCACUUGCGAUAGUUGUGUUGGGUGGGCUCUUGUCCACAAAGAAGCCUUCGGAAUGGCGUGCGGUGUAUGACAGCAUUUGGCGACAUUUAAUUGAUGAUUCAAUUCAUAUUGAAGAUUUGCUAGCUUUAAGUUUUAAUGAUUUGCCUCAUAAGUUGAAGCUGUGCUUUCUCUAUAUCGGUCUUUUUCCAGAGGAUUUUGAGAUAAACGUUGAAAAAUUAAUCCGGUUGUUGCUGGCAGAAGGCUUUAUACAGGAAGGUGGAGAUCAAAUAAUGGAAGACGUGGCUGCGGAUUAUGUGAUAAAGUUGAUUAACAGAAGUUUGGUGCAAAUAGACAAAAGAUGUUGGGGGACGGUUGUAACAUGUCGAGUACAUGAUCUUUUACGAGACCUUGCAAUUAGGAAGGCAGAAGAACUGAACUUCUAUCAUAUUUAUGAUGAAAUCAGUCAUUCAAGUACUCGCUCAUCAAUUGCAUCAUCAUGUCGACGUCAAGCUGUUUAUUUGGUAAGGGAAAGGUUUCUGUGGCUUCGACAUUCAAAUAAGCUCUCUCGUUCCCUUCUGUUCUUCAAUCGACAAACUAGCCAGUUGACACCCUUGUGCAAAACAUUUAAAUUUCUUAGAGUGCUCGAAGUCGACCUUUUUGGAAAGACAUUACCUAAAGAGGUUGGAAAGUUGAUUCAUUUGAUAUAUCUGGGGUUACAGGAUGAAGCGAUAAUUACUUUACCAUCAUCCAUUGGCAACUUGCGGAGGUUACAAACUUUGCAUAUGGAAGGAGCUCAUACGUAUGUUCCUCUACCAACUGAAAUUUCAAAGUUGCAAGAAUUGAGGCAUCUAAUUGGAUUCUUUUCAGGGUCUUUGCCGAUAGCAAAUUUGAAAAAGCUCUUGACUCUAAAAUAUGUUUAUCAAUCAAGCUGGGAGGAGCUCAACCCUGAAAGUUUGGUUGAUCUUCAAGAGCUGCAAAUUCAAUGUGAUGGAGAUCUUACUAUUCCAGAGUUCAAAUUUGAGACUGUUGCAAAACUUAGAAGCCUUCGUGUUUUAUCCGUUUGGUUGGAUCCCGAUCUGUCAUUUCCUUCUCUACAAUUACUCGGUCAUUGCCGAUGUCUUGUAGAUUUGAGAUUAUGUGGGAGAAUAGAGAAACUCCCAGAAAACUUGGAAGAAAUCUUUCCAAAUCUUGAAGGCCUCAAGUUAGCGGAUUCGUUGCUAGAGGAAGACUCGAUCCCUUCAUUAGAGAGGUUGCCAAAUCUCAUGUUUCUUGUUUUAGCCAAUGCAUCUUAUCUCGGAAAGAAACUGAGCUGCAGGGCAAAUGGGUUUCCUCGGCUUGAAGUUCUACUUCUUUCAAAUUUAAUUCAGUUGGAGGAGUGGGAAGUAGAUGAAGAUGCCAUGCCAAUGCUUAGAGGCUUGAGUAUCACAGGAUGCUCCAACAAACUGAGAAUUCCAGAAAAACUGAAAUCAAUUCCUCUUCCAGGCAAAUGGGAAUGCUCAGACAAUCUACGUGGUAAUUUCUCACUCAAGCUACUUUGAACUUUGAUCUCAUUUGUUGUGGUGGUUGCGUUGGCUUUGAGUCUCACUUUAUUAUUAUUUGCUUUGUUUUUGUUUUGAAAUUCCUCUAUGAGCUGUGUAAUU